UGACAUGGGUCAUGCAAGCUACUGUGAGCACAGUCUUCAAGGCCCUUAGAGAAGGCCCCGGGCCCGGGGCUCCCACACUGGCUAUGAGGUAUCUGGUGUCUACACAGGGAGAGAUGCUGGUGCCAGCCCACUUCCUGCUGUCACUGCUGCUGCUUCUGGGGGCCCCAAGGGCAGGCCUCUCCCAUAAGUUCUGCAAAGCUGAGUCCGUCUUCAGCUGCAUCAACACAGCCCUAUCUGAGGCCAAGAAGAGUCAACCGGAGGACACACCCCCAUUGAGCAAGAGAAGCUUCCACUAUCUACCCAGCCAAGACCCAUCUUCAGGAGAGAAGGAAGAGGAGGAAGAGGAGGACAAAGAGAAAAGGACCUUCUCUAGCUCCGGUGGUGGGGGUGGGGCUGGAAGUACUAGAUACAAAUACUUGUCCCAAUCACAGCUCAGGGGGAAGCUGUACCAGGACAAGGCCAAGAGUGACCAGCGCACCAAGUUCACCCUGUCCCUUGACGUCCCCACAAACAUCAUGAACAUCCUUUUCAACAUUGCCAAGGCCAAGAACUUGCGAGCCAAGGCAGCUGCCAAUGCCCACCUGAUGGCACAGAUUGGGCGGAAGAAGUAGAAGUGGAGGCAAAGCAGGAGGGCAGCUCACCAAGGACAGAAGUCAGGGACGGAGGUCAAGGACAAAGGAUGAGGGGAGAACAAGUGUUUGCCCACCCAGCUGGUUUGUAUUUUGAGGGAUGAGUCUAGUUUUACAGGCCGUUUAUUACUGAACCCCUCUGAUCUUUUCUUGCCUCCAUCCCAGUUUCCCUUUCUCUGUAAAUAUACACAGAAGUGCAGUAUUGUUCAGCCUUUAAAGAUACAAGGCAGUAAUGUCUCUCCUUAUAUUCUGUGGCUCCUUUCUCCUUCCCCAUGACAAGAAGCAAAGUUCUCACAUUCCUCCUCUCCAAGCUUCUCCCUGUUGACCCCUUGCCUGAGAGGAGAGCAACCAGAGCUCCUCUGCUUUCCACAAGCCAACCCCUGCCAAGAUUGAAAGAUGAGGAGAUGUGCCAGUCAUCGCCUUGCCACCAAACCCCUUCCCUACCAUCUCACCCACCCCCAUUAAACCAAUGGCUUCUUGAACUCCUGGCUUAUUUCAGUUUUAUUAACAUAUU